AUGGACUCCUCGUCGCGCCUCCCGCGGCCCUCAGGCAUCCCCCGGCCCUCCGGAAUCCCGCGCCCGUCGAGUAUACCGAAGCCCUCCAGCUUGCCCGUCCCCUCGCAGCGGCCAGGCCGCGCAUCCGUCAGCCCAGCGCCCUCUGAGCGUUUGCGCCCUCGGGCAUCCAACUCUUCCCUGCGCGCCGCUGCCAGCCCCCGCGCCUCGUCCACACCCCGUCCGAGCGUCGGUACCGGCAUUCCUGCGAGGCCUGUCGCGAGAAAGGAUGACGAUAUCUUCAAGAGACCAAUUGGGCGGCCGGCGUCGCGUCAGGCGCGGUCGCGGAUCCAGCGCCCCGCCCUAUCCGCGGUCCACCGCACGAAUGUAGAACAUGAAGACGACGUGUUGGGCGACUUGGACGGCUUCCGCGCCUCGUCGAGGCUAAGUCAUCGCGACGUCCACAGCGGCGAAUUUGACUUUGGCCUCGACGAGGGGCAGCCCCGCGAGCAGCCCGGAGCUAAGCAGGAAGGCGGAUCCACAAAGCGCGAACCCUCGCUGACUGAGCGCACUCUCGAGAGCUUGUCCCGUAUCAUGGCGGAGCCUGGUUCGCCCUCCUCACGCUCUACCAGCUGGUUCCCCAAUCCAACAAGCCCCAUGGGCCCUCCGAUGCGACCUGCCUCCGCAAUGAGCUCUAGAGCAUCGAGGCCUGCUUCGCGUACUGCUGGCGCCUUCAGGAGCAGUAGUCAAAGGCCGACUACCCCUACCAUAAGGCCUCCGAGUAGCAUGUCGCGUGCUUCGAGUACCACACGUAGUUCGCAGAAUCAGGUUCCGGCCUAUGGCACUCCAGGCAGACGAAGCGCAAGUGCAGCGCCAAUGUCUCCUGCUGCUAGUAGUGAUAGUCAGCCAAUGUCUUCGCCAGCGUUCGAGCAAGACUCUGGGUCAGAGGCAAACCUCAUGAGCCCUGUAGGUCUCAUGAGUCCUGUUGGCCUCAGAAGUCCCAAUCAGUUCAAGGACUCCCUUGAUAUCGGAAGCCCCAGCGCGCGGGUGUCGAGGACCCCGCUUGGCUCUAGCACGGCUACCAUCGGGAAGCUGCCUAGAACCCGCCCGCCUAUUGCAACUAACUCAGAUGAUAGCCCUCCUUCUCCAGUUGAUGCUCCUGAGCCGGAGAUAGAGCGAGCAUUGCCAAGCCGUCCAGCUACUUCGGCUAGGAAGGCACCGGCAAAAGAAGAGGCAUCCGAUCCCUCAUCAAAGGUUAAGAGCUCUUCCACCGCACUGAGAGAGCAAAUAGCAAAAGCAAAGGCGGCGCGUAAGACUGCGCAAACAAAACCAACUACACCAGUCACAAACGACAUACCUGUUGGGGGUUCCGACUAUGAUGCAUUUGAGGACCCCUUCAACCAAAUGCCAAAGGGCGGAGAAGCGGUGAUUAGGAAGCGGAUCGAUACUGCCCGAUCAGACGGCCGCCUCAACAUUGCAAACAUGGGUUUGAGUGAAAUUCCAAAGGAAGUCAUGGCCAUGUACGAAUAUAAUCCUGAUGCAGGAAUCGAGUGGUCCGAGUCUGUCGAUCUCGUCCGCUUCAUUGCUGCAGAUAACGACAUUGAGAAGCUUUCAGAGGACUUGUUCCCAGACAUUGAUCCUGAGGAGGCUGCUGAGGAUAUGGAUGCGACAGGACCGCAAUUUGGCGGCCUGGAAAUGCUUGACCUUCAUGGAAAUAUCAUGAAGGAGCUUCCCAUUGGUCUGAGGAGAUUAGAGAGACUGACAAUCCUGAAUUUGUCGCGAAAUCGCCUUCGCAAUGAUUCCUUCGAGAUAAUUUCCCAGAUUGGAUCUUUGCGCGAGCUUAGGCUAGCCGAGAACGAUUUGGAGGGAGACCUCCCUGAGUCGAUCAGCUCUCUGGCCAGCCUUGAAGUUCUCGAGCUUCAAGGUAACAGGAUUUCUCGUCUGCCAGAUGCUCUGCGGGAGCUCGCCAACCUUCGAGUUCUCAACGUCAACACCAACGGAAUGUCGUCUCUUCCUAUGGAGAUACUAGCAGCUUUACCUCUUGCGGAACUCUUCGCAUCUAAGAAUGCCCUCCGUGGCGCCUUCUUCCCGGAUAGUGUAACGGAAAUGCCACGCUUGCAGACUCUCGACCUAGCUGGCAACGCUCUUACUUCCCUGGGUCCAUCCACCUUAUCCAUGCCGGCAUUGAAGUCUUUGAAUUUAUCAAUCAACCGCAUCGAGACGCUGCCAGAUUUGACUGGGUGGACUAACCUCUUGACUCUGUUGGUGGAAGAGAACAAACUAUCCGAGUUUCCCACGGGCUUCACGUCACUGAAGAGCCUUAAGCAAGCCAAUUUCAACGGCAACAACAUCACAAAGAUCGAGCCUGAGAUCGCCCUGAUGGACAGCCUUGAUAUGCUAACACUGGCAGCGAACCCUCUACGGGAGCGCAAAUUCCUAACCAUGAACGCUGAGGAUCUAAAGAGGGACUUGAAGAUGCGCCAUAAUCCGACUGCCCCUGAGGGCGACGAUCCGGCUGAGGCGGGCAAUGAUGUCGAGAGCGGUAACGGGAUUAUUCCAACCGACAGCAUGUGGACUCUGAAGCCAAACGGCAUCCUCGACCUUUCCUCCAAAUCUCUCCCUGAACUCGACGAAGAAGAAUUCACCCCCGUCGCCUCCGACUGCCGCCAGCUCAUCCUGCAUCACAACUUGUUCACUUACAUCCCGGAUGCCGUUUCGCUCGCCACCAACAUCACGCUGCUGGAUCUCUCCAACAACCGCCUGACCACCACCUUCACCGAUGAAGUCUCGCUCCCCGCGCUGCGCGACCUGCGCCUGACCGCCAACAACCUGUCCUCGCUCGACUUCCUCACCGCCAACCUGGACGCGCCGCGGCUGCACACGCUCAACGUCUCGGCCAACCGCAUCGCGGGCACCUUGCCCAUCCUGCGGACCCGCUUCCCAGAACUGACGACCCUGCUCGCCAGCGACAACAGCAUCGAGGAGAUAUCAGUGCAGGCGCUCGACGGCCUGCAGGUUGUCGGCCUCUCCAACAACAGCAUCGGCCGCAUCCCGCCCGAGGUCGGCCUGCUGUGGGACAAGGGCUUGAAGAGCCUCGAGAUCGAGGGUAACACGUUCCGCGUGCCCAACUACGCGACCCUGAAGCGCGGCACGGAGGCUGUGAUGGCAUGGUUGAGGGGCAAGAUUCCGGCGUCGCAGGAGGAGCUUCCCGGUGAGAAGGAGGAUGUGCCGUGGGAAGAAGAGACGUUUUAG